UUUUGUUUAGUCAAUUGCUACGAUGUUCCAAACAAAUACGACCUAAUCAUAUUGCGGUCAAAUGAUAACUCUUUUCAAUCCUGCGAAGAACGAUUUGCUCAAACUCCUAUCGCUAUCGGCGCCGAGUGCAAUGCGCAAACGCGUUUUUUUUUCAUACGUUGGCGGUGUGUCAUGGAAAACAAACACCUGAUUGUGGAAAAAACAUGCGCUGCUUUAACUUUUCCAUGCUACUGACUUGGUUUAGCAUUGCGCACCUAUUUGCUGUGGUAACCGAAAAUAUGAACCGAAAAAUACAACACCCACUCCGGUUUGGUGUGAUCAUUUUGCUUCGGUGAUUCACGUCUACUGGGUGCAGGUUGUUUUCGGGUUGUGCAGCAAAGAUGUCGAAUAUGGCACCAUUCGAUGAAAAUUGUGAGAUUCUAAAAUCGCCCGAAUUGGGAAGAUUCCUAGUGGCAAAGCGUGACCUGUCGGCGGGUCAGCUUGUGUUAGUCGAGCAACCGUUCGUUGUUGGACCAUUUUGGGACUCGGAUAUUUGUUGUCUGAACUGUUUUCGGAACUCGUGCACCAUUUGCAGACAAUGUCGGAGAGCGCCACUCUGCUAUGAUUGUAUCGGCCACAUUGAAUCAGAGUGCGACUUUUACCGCAAGUCCAAUUUAGACAUCAACUUCCUGUUCAAUCAUUUCAAUGUUGUGGCAGCUGUUAGAUGUUUGCUACUUUUUGGCACCAACCGGGAGAAAUAUGAUGAGGUGUUGAGAAUGGAAGCGCAUUUGGAGGAACGGAAAGGCACCGACAUAUGGACCUUCCUUGAGAAGUACGUAGUUCGACCCAUACUGGACAGUGAGAUGUUUGACAAAUAUGCAGACGAUUUAAUAGUGACUGGAGAGCUUAUACAACGCGUUUGCGGCAUUUUGGAUGUUAAUGCGUUUGAAAUAAGAGGAGACGUGGAUCAUCAACAUGGCAUGACGAAUCUGAUCCGUGGUCUGUACCCGAAGGCAGCACUGAUGACACACAAUUGCGUUACGAAUACUUUGAUUUCGGUUGAUGGACAGGGAUGUAUGAGAUUGUAUACCACUGUUCCGGUUCAGAAAGGACAACUGUUAUACUACAACUACACAAGAUGCUUAUUCGGAACCUUCGAACGUCGGGCUCACCUCCGCAAAGGAAAAUAUUUUAUUUGUUCCUGCUUGCGAUGUGAGGAUCCCACUGAAUUGGGGACGUAUCUCAGCUCUGUCAUGUGCACUGGUUGUAAGGGUGGUCUUUGUUCGUACAAUUCGAAGGAAAUAAAAUGGGAGUGCAACAAAUGUAGGAAUCAACUAAAUCGAGACUAUGUGAAACAGAUGUUCACAGACGCUAGGAACGACGCAAUGGUUUGUUCACUCGAUAUCGACGAACUGGAAAGACUCAUCACCAAGCAUUCAAGCACACUAAACCCGCACAAUUCACUCGUUUUGGAAAUGAAGCAAACUCUAGCUGGGGAACUGCGCAACCUUUGCCAUUCGGUGCACUCUUCCAACGUCCCAAAACAGAUUCUCGAACGAAAACUUGAACUGUGUGCCGAACUGCUGGAAAUACUUGGAGUACUGGAACCCGGCAUUUCACGACUGACUGGAAUUGCGCUGUACGAGUACAAUGUUUCACUGCGGGAUCUCAGCAAAAAGAAGUUCGAUACAAAGGAAAUAGAUGCUACCGAUUUCUUGACAAACCUUGUCAACGCUGAAACCGGGCUUAAGAAGUCCGUCAGUAUGCUGUUGUUCGAACAUCCAUCCACCCCAGAAGGCCAACUUAAUAAACGAGCCAUGUUCGAUCUGAAGGAGUUGCGAGGAGAAAUUUCACAACUGAAAGAAAUGGCCGACCAAAGCUCUGAAUCAGGGAUACAAAGCAAGAAAUAAUUAAACAUUGCACAUUAGAAUCAUUUUUCGAUCCUGACAGUCGGGUGGAUGGCAGUAUACACAAUGUUUUAGUAAUUCCUGAAUUCGCUUUAACUCAGGACGAUUCUCAGCGAAGUGCAAGAAUCCAGCAUUACUGUUUCCAUUGAGAUUCUCUAAAAAUAACUG